UGAACAUGCAUAGUGUGUAGACGGUCAAUACAGCAGUAUACAAGACUGUACGCAAAGGAUCACGUUUAAACUUUGAAACUGUUACAAAACAUACUAGCCGUUACGAAACCUAUCACCCUUUAAAGUUUGUUUCCCAGUAGACGAGCCAAACCUCAUGACAAUCAUGUGACCCAAUAAUCAUAAUACUAGCUCUGAGAAGUCUAUAUGAGGGUAGUCUGUUACGGUUAGUUGUGCACUGAUCAUAAACUAAGCGUUCUGUAGAAGAGGUCCUCCGAGCUGAAUGAUUAUAUAAAGGGAAAGACAAGGAAUCUGUCUGUGAGAACGGACGAGUGUGGUUUUUUUUGAGUCCUAAUCUUGAGAAGGGACCCUAGACAAUGUGUAUGUAGUUAUGAUGUGACCAUAUGUGGUGUGUGUUGCAUAUGUGUGUGUAGUUUUAGGUCAGCAGAGUGUGUAUGUGUGUGUAGUACCUACAAUGGUCGUUGUUUGCCCUAUUUAUCGGCCAGAGCAGAUAGGUCCCUGGUGUAGGUCUUCUGUUAUCAGGGUCCGAGGGAGAGGCUGUAGUAUCUCGGGUAGCACGAGCUCCGCCUUCCAACCGGCACCAGACUCCACCCAUGACUGGAUUGGUCCACCCAACAGGCUGUCAAACAUCCGGCCAAUCACGUACCACGUCCCCGCCCAGGAGUCGGCCCUGGAGGAGAGGCUGCGAAGGCUGAGGCAGCAGACAGAGGUCUGGAACCACGAGUUCUGGGCCUACCAGAACGUGGCCUUCAACAAGGAGAAGGAUGAGUACGUCAGCUCCCAGCUGAAGGCCCGGGGCCUGGAGGGCCGGGAUCAGCAGGGACGCAAGCACACGCUGGGCAGUGAAGAGAUGGCGCUGUUUUACAAAAGCUUCCUGGACACAAACAGGACCAGACAUGCAAAUUACAACAAGGAAUGGUACCGACGGAAUUUCCGCAUCACCUUGCUCAUGGGCCGGGUGGCGCUGACCAACGCCUGGAAGACCGUCACCAACAGAACUCCCAGUAGUUCGCCCUCAUGAUGAAACAAUUAAAGCGUUCUGCCUCCCAGCUAC